AGCCUCCAGCCAGCCCCUCGAGCGCCUUCCCUUCCCUCCCUUCGCGUUGACGCCGCUGCGGCCCGGCUGCACUCCUACACACUCACGCGCGCGCCUCAGCGCGUCGCCUCCUCCACGCCCGGCCCGGAAUAUGGCGGCUCUCAAACUCUUCUCCGCCUGGUCCCCGCUCUGCGCCGCCGCCCGCCUCACCGGGGGCGUCUGGUCCAAGGGAUGUGUUUGCUACUUUUCGACCAGCACACGUCGCCAUACCAAAUUUUAUACAGAUCCAGUGGAAGCUGUAAAAGACAUCCCUGAUGGUGCAACAAUACUGGUUGGUGGUUUUGGGUUAUGUGGAAUUCCAGAAAAUCUUAUAGGAGCCUUACUGAAGACUGGAGUGAAAGGGCUGACUGCAGUCAGCAACAAUGCAGGGGUUGACAACUUUGGCCUGGGCCUUUUACUUCGAUCCAAGCAGAUAAAACGCAUGGUCUCUUCAUAUGUGGGAGAAAAUGCAGAAUUUGAACGACAGUACUUAAGUGGUGAAUUAGAAGUAGAGCUGACACCUCAGGGCACGCUUGCAGAGCGGAUUCGUGCAGGUGGGGCUGGCGUUCCUGCAUUUUACACGAGCACUGGGUACGGGACCCUGGUACAGCAAGGAGGGGCACCGAUCAAAUACAAUAAAGAUGGUACCAUUGCCGUUGCCAGUAAGCCGAGAGAGGUGAGGGAGUUUAAUGGUCAGCAUUUUAUUUUGGAGGAAGCAAUUACUGGAGAUUUUGCUUUGGUGAAAGCCUGGAAGGCAGACCAAGCAGGAAAUGUGAUUUUCAGGAAAAGUGCAAGAAAUUUCAAUUUGCCGAUGUGCAAAGCUGCAGAGACCACAGUGGUAGAGGUUGAAGAAAUUGUGGAUAUUGGAUCAUUUGCGCCAGAAGACAUCCAUAUUCCUAAGAUUUAUGUACAUCGCCUUAUAAAGGGAGAAAAAUAUGAGAAAAGAAUUGAGCGUUUAUCGGUCCGAAAAGAGGAAGAUGUAAAAACCAAAUCCAGUAAACCUGGAGAUAAUGUAAGGGAACGUAUCAUCAAGCGGGCGGCUCUUGAAUUUGAGGAUGGCAUGUAUGCUAAUUUGGGCAUAGGAAUCCCACUUCUGGCCAGCAACUUUAUCAGCCCAAAUAUCACAGUUCAUCUGCAAAGUGAAAAUGGAAUCCUGGGUUUGGGUCCAUAUCCACUACAAAAUGAAGUUGAUGCAGAUCUAAUCAAUGCAGGCAAGGAAACAGUUACUGUUCUUCCAGGAGCCUCUUACUUCUCCAGCGAUGAAUCAUUUGCGAUGAUUAGAGGGGGGCAUGUCAAUCUAACAAUGCUAGGAGCAAUGCAGGUUUCCAAAUAUGGUGACCUGGCUAACUGGAUGAUACCUGGGAAGAUGGUGAAAGGAAUGGGAGGGGCUAUGGAUCUAGUGUCCAGUGCGAAGACCAAAGUGGUGGUCACCAUGGAGCAUUCUGCAAAGGGAAAUGUACAUAAAAUCAUGGAGAAAUGUACAUUGCCACUGACUGGAAAGCAAUGUGUUAACCGCAUCAUUACUGAAAAGGCUGUAUUUGAUGUGGACAACAAGAAAGGACUGACUCUGAUUGAACUCUGGGAAGGCCUGACCGUGGAUGACAUAAAAAAGAGCACUGGGUGUGAUUUUGCAGUUUCACCAAAACUCAUGCCAAUGCGACAGAUCACAACUUGAAAUGUGGAAUAGACAUUUGUCCUAGGCUGUGUGUUUUUCAUUUUAAUCACAUAGUUCAUUGAAAGGAUAUCAGUAAUCAUAAUUGUGUAUCUCAUGAGCAGUUUUUGACUAGUUUUCUUCAAGCAUUUUACACUGCAUGCAGCCAUAUAGACUUUGUUCUCUCAAGUGUGCUAUGACAUUUUAGUGAAAGACAAAAAAAAUAUAAAUGAUUAUCUUUGUUUUAUAAGUGCUGAGAAGGCUUAUCUUUACAGUUGGUGCUCACAUUGGAUUUAUCUUUAUCAUUUGUGAUAGGUACACUAAAUUGUACCAAGAUGGGCCCUUAGGAAGACUUUCAUUGAAGAAUGAGGGAGAAAAAUAACUCCACCCAGAGUAUGCCCAAGGCAGCAUUGUACUGGUCCUGAAUGAUACAUGAAUUUUGAGUAGGAGAAAUGCUGUCUUAAUGAUUAUGUUUUUCUUUUGGCCUCCCCUGACUUUUCUUUUGGAGCCUCUGAUUUUGUGAUUGUAUCUUGUUUCCCUAAAACACCCCUUCUCCUCCCACACUUUCUAUAACUAAAUAGGUGCUCAAUAAGGCAAACAGGAACAUCUCCGUAUGGGAGAAGUAAGUGGUUCAUGGGAGAGACCAAGGAGUGUAGGGUUUAUUGGUGCUGACGUCCCACAAAGAAGUUGCCUUUAUAAACCAACCAUCUGUGCUUUGCCAAAGACUAAGGUUUAUUCUGAGAAGGGGGUUGUAAACCUAAUUGAUCUAGUCAGUUUUCUCAUUUUAAAAUAAUGCAGUAUUUCUGUGUAUCCAGAGGGGUCCCUAAGAGGCUUUCUCUAUGUUAUUGAGGCCCAGUGGGCUACUUGCACAAGACCUCCUCUUACGCCACAAGGGGCUGUGGGAUAAUUUAUCAUGAAUCCAGUCACAAUGACAACAGAAUUUAAAUUCUUUCUUUUCAGGCUUUGUUAUUUCUGUUCAGAAAAGUUUUUAAAUAUUGAAUGCCCUUUACUACAGAACACUGUUCUUUCUUCUGCCCAGGCUACUUCCUUGAAUAAAGUACUUUUAAUUCAGCUUUAUCCAAAUAGAGGAAAAACUGAUGAGCAAGUCCAGAUUUGAAGAGCAGUGAACUUUUAUUAUUAGAAAAUAAACAUGAUGGGGGCACCUGGGUGGCUCAGUCGUUAAGGUUCUGCCUUCGGCUCAGGUCAUGAUCCCAGGGUCCUGGGAUCGAGCCCCACAUCGGGCUCCCCGCUCAGCGGGAAGCCUGCUUCUCCCUCUCACACUCCCCCUGCUUGUGUUCCCUCUCUCGCUGUGUCUCUCUCUGACAAAUAAAUAAAAUCUUUAAGAAGAAAAAAGAAAGAAACAUGAUGGAGUAGUUUUUGUAAGGAACUUGUCUUCAGAGGUGUCCUCCUCACCACCCAGUUGCCCCAGGGGAUAUACUAAGCAUCCUGGGUAUCAAAUGGGAGAAAAGUCCAGGCACCCUAAAGACAGGUCAGACAGCUGUCCUCCAGAUAGAGGUAGACACAUAUACAGCGCAAUAUAUCAUUGCUCUGGCACCAGAUAUAGGAAUUUAUGCAUAUUUUUAGGUGACAGUUAUCAUUUAAACUCACUUUUUCUUCAGGUACAACUACGAUUGUGUCAUGUAUUAGAGGGAGGAGAGAGGCUUUUUUGGUAUCACACUCUCUAUCUAAAAUAGUCUUAACUGGUUGGCUGCAGGAUUGAAAGCACAUUUUCCCAGUACUGAUAAAAAGGACUCUUCUGGGGCACCUGGGUAGCUCAGUUGUUAAGCGGCUGCCUUCGGCUCAGGUCAUGAUCCCAGGAUCCUGGGAUCGAGCCCCGCAUCGGGCUCCCUGCUGAGCGGGAAGCCUGCUUCUCCCUCUCCCACUCCCCCUGCUUGUGUUCCCUCUCUUGCUGUGUGUCUCUCUGUCAAAUAAAAUCUUAAAAAAAAAAAAAAAAUGGACUCUUAUGGAAUUUGUGAGGUCCAGAGAAUAAUACAUAUCUGUUAGAAUUAUAUUUUGGAAAAAUGUAUGUUAUUGAUGGUUGCUAUAUUUGCAGACUUAGUUACUUAUCAUUCCAGUCCAUUACUUUAGGAUAAUGUGAUUCUAAGAAUGUUCCCAACUUUGAGUGGCAAAACCUAAGUAGAUGACUUUAUAUUCUUGAUUAAAGAGUGCCAUGGAUAUUAAACACAUUAAGAAAUAGUGUAAAUAAUUUAAACUGUUACAGAUCGCUGUGAUUGUCCUUUUUCUUGUUUGAGAAUGAUGUGACCAGUCAUGGGAAUAAUAUACUAGAGAUUGGGUGGAAAGACCAACAAUAAAUAGUUCACAUACUUUACUGCUUCUAAUCAAGUUGUUGCUUUUCUUUUUAUCUUACCAAAGAACAGAUACCGUUUUUCAUGAAGGAACAAAUGUUUACCUAAGUGAAUUCUGAUUUUACUCCUUGUCAAGCCAAUCAUUUAUCUAUAAAAAUGGACUAC